GCCUAGAAGCAUGUGAUGUUUUUAUUGGAACCACAGAAGUCACUGCAAUUAUAACAGUCAUUUUAAACAACUUUAUCUGCAAACGUGAAGGGGUUUCUUUAGGCGUGCCACCUAGAAACAUUAAAUAUCUCAAAUCGGCAAAAAGGCUCGUUCACGUUGUAACACGUGAGUUAAUGCUAGUUAGCUACGUGGCUAAUUCUUAUGGUGUCUGAGUAAACUUUGUAAAAGGCAUCACUGCGGUUCAGAUACAACAGUGUUGCUCAGGGAAUCCUUUUAGAUCGUUUCCAUUGGAGCUGCUUGUAUGGCCGGCAGCAGGAUGAAGCUGGAGCUGAGCCGGGUCAUUCAGGGGAGAUUGGGUGUGUUGAAGGAGCUCGGCAGGACGGGGCAGCUCUCGCUGGAAACCCCGGGGUGUCUGUUGUACACACACUUUGGUUCAGUCCCGCAUCUCACCCAGGACACGCUGCACACGCUCAGCAACCUGCCCUCUGUAGCCCAGGUCACUCUGUCCAACAUAGCAGAGCACCAAGAAGUUUUGGAGGAGUUAAAAGAUGGAUUCAAGAAAUUUUCAGGGCUUCAUGAUACCGUGCUGUACUGCUCACUUCAUGAUCCUGCAACCCUCUGCCAAACAGGUUACACUACAACCAAGACAGUGUCCGUGUGGGGCAGCGGAGGGCGGAUAGAGCUCACAGUGGCCAAGUUCAUGGCCCUCCAGAAGAUGCUGCAGCCCGACUGGUACCAGAGCAUGGCAGACGGGGAGACCUGGCAGAUUAAUACGUCUCGCAAAAGGGUUCGAAAGUCGGUGGAUCGAACCCUCGCUCAUUUAGACGAGUGUCUGCUUCUUCACCAGAAAUCACAGGAAUUGGACGGAGUGGAGGUGUUUGGGGUGGUGGAGGGAGGAGACAUCCUGGAAGAGAGAGUACGCUCGGCCAGGGAGACGGCCAAGAGGCCCGUGGCAGGAUUCUGCCUGGACGGGCUCCAGACGGGCUCCGUGGACCCGGCCCUGAGGACCCAGCUCAUCAACGCGCUGAUCAAGGAGCUGCCAGAGGACAAACCCAGGUUGUUGCAAGGCGUGGGGCGACCUGACGAGGUGCUUGCAUGCGUGGAGGCUGGCGUGGACUUGUUCGAGGGUUUUUUCCCCUUCCAGGUGACCGAGCGAGGCUGUGCUCUCUGCUUCAGCUUCGACAUCUCUGCAGACCCGGAGCGCGCAGGUACAGCGCCCCCUGCAGUGCUGGAGCUGAAUGAGGAGAAGCUCACAGCAGGGGAGACGACGCUGAAAGCAGAUCUAAAUUGUGAUGUUCAAACACAGAUGACAGGCUUUGAAAUGAAUCUCAAAGACAAAAGAUAUCAGGGCGACUUCAGGCCACUGGUGGAAGGGUGUGGCUGCUACUGCUGCACGAACCACCAGAGGGCGUACCUGCACCACCUGCUGGUGACCAAUGAGCUGCUGGCUGGAGUCCUGCUCAUGAUCCACAACACCAGCCACUACCACAGCUUCUUCUCAGCUCUGAGGGAGGCUUUGCUCUGCGACAAACUGGACCUCCUCAAGAAGCGGGUUCUCGGAGAUGGAGAUGGAGCUGAGCUGACAGAAAGGAAGGAGUAAUAUGAAUAAGAGGGAGAGAUGGCGGAAGAGAUUCAUAUUGGGCAACGAAAGUGAACUUCUCAACUGGAGGGACAUGGCCAGAGGCAGUCAUGGGCUCAGUCUUGCUCUGCCAAGUCCAGUCACAGGACUAACUGUAAUGCUGCAGAUACAUUGAUGACGAUUGUUCGUCUAAAACCAUGUAUUUAGUGAACAAAAAGAUGACGGAGAGCAAAUAAAAUAGUAAUGACUGAACAAUAUUGUGGCCUGAACUAAGGUCAGUGGAUGAAGACUGUUUUUCUCUUGUUUAUUUUAUAAAUAUUGAAAUUAAAUCUCAUAUCUAACCAACUUGUUUCAGUUCCUUUAUGCCUCUUUUUAAUCUCAGUCCCUUACUAGUUAAGGUUUGUACAUGUUA